AUGGCCUACAAGCGCUCGCGCAAAGACUUCGAGGCAGACUUGCAGUCGCGCGAGUCGCCGUAUGUCUUUUAUGGCACCCCUCUUCCACCUCUGGACGAUAAAGUCCGAGAUGACGGAUCUUUCGUUCCCGUCUGGAAGCAAGAGGUAACAGAUGAUCGAGGCAGAAAGCGUCUUCACGGCGCUUUCACAGGUGGGUUCAGCGCCGGGUGGGUUCCCGAGGUCAAGCUCAAAGGAGGCUGGACGCCAUCGACAUUCGUGUCAUCACGGAAGAAGGACAAAGAUGGAGGCCAGCAACUCCGCCAACAGCGCGUCGAAGACUUUAUGGACGAGGAAGACAUGCGUGAGGCGGAAGAAGCCCAGACCCUGUCGACUACCGAUGACUUCGCCGGCUUUGGCACAAUGAGCGAUCCUUCUCAACGUCGAACGCUUAUGGACAUCUUCAGGCCAGCCGGGGAGUCUGUGGGGGUAAAGCUGCUGAAAAGAAUGGGCUGGAAAGAGGGUCAAGGCAUUGGACCACAUGUCAAAAGAGAAGCCGACCUAGGCGAAGGUCAGGUAGCUAGAGGGAAGAUCCACAGCUUUGCGCCAACAGAUGUUCCCCUAGUGACUUUCCCUGUGAAGAAUGAUCUGAAAGGCUUGGGCUAUAGCGAUGGUGGAGAUCCCAUAGCCACCAAAUUUGGUCCUAUUCAGACAGGGACGAAGCCAAGGUCUGUACCUCUUGGGCCUGGUGACUUAGAGGACGACGGCGAUGAGCUCUUUUCACCGUCGUUGACUCGAAAGCCCGGCGGGCCCAUACCACGCAAAGGUGGGUUCGGCGUCGGAGUUCUCAACGACACUGGAUCAGAUGAUGACGACCCCUAUGCUAUGGGCCCUAAGAUGUCCUACAACAAAACUAUCGGCGCAGACAAGCCUUCCAAGAAGAAGUCGGCCAGUAAGAAAAGCAUGGCGAAUCCUUCUCUUCACAAAAAGCCCAUCCUGCUAUCUCAGAAGCUCAAUGGACUGGGAGGCACCCUACGGAAAUGCCGUGAUGGGACGCUGCCGAUGGACGGUUUCGAGCUCGGCGACGAAGUCAACGCAAUGGCUACCCUGUCGCUGGACAGCGAGAAGUACAAGCCACCAUCAGUACCUCCAGGCUGGACAUCUGCAUUGACUCCUGCAAAGGACGCGACGGUGAUCAACGACUACAAGUCCACCUCAGACGUGGCGAGAGCAUCACAGCAUACCUCGAAAAGUCGAGCAUCGGCACUCGGCGAGGCCGCCCUUCCCGGAAAAUCCGUCUUUGAUUAUUUGUCUGCAUCUGCUCGCGACCGCCUUGCAGCUGCGAGCGGAAAAUCGAAUCUACCUCCCGGCUUAGGUGAGGUGCCCGACGGCUAUGCCACGAAAACGAGUGCUCAAGAGUCUCUGCAAGACCUCGUCCCCAAGUUGGAUCAGGAAGUGGCCCUGCUGGCUCUGAAAAAAAGCACCGAGCGUGGCGAAGGGUGGAUGCCGUACGCCGAGGACCUGGACAAACGCGAAAGGUACAAGACUUUCUUGGAAAUCCGAGCUGGAAUGCGGCCGACUGAGCAAGGUGACGAGAUCCCACCUCGUGCAGUAGGUGUGAGCCAGGAAGAUUGGUUGCAAGAGCUACAGGAGUUUGCCAGGGCAGCAGAAGUGUUCAAGCCAGUCAGCGGUUUCAUGGCGAGUCGAUUCACUUCAGCUAGGUCCAGCAUGCCUGGAAGCACAGCAGAUGCCGACGCCUCUACGUCGGACUUGCUCUCCUACAAACGACAGAAGCCCGAGGAUCCGCAAGAGGCAGCCGCCAAGAUGGGUAUGUUCGGGCACAUGACAAGGAGUACCACUGGCUUCUUUCCUACACGCCUGUUAUGCAAGAGGUUUGGUGUUGCGAUGCCCGACAUUGGUGCCCGAGCGGAGCCCACUACCAUGGACGCUGGUGCGGGCAUGGGUGCGGCCUAUUCGGCCCCACCAUCUUCUGAAGUCCCUGAACAGCCUCAAGAGAGUCGGCGCGAUGCUGACCAGGCAGGCCGCGUCACUGAACCGGUAGGAUUCUCUCAGCUACCGGUGACGCCGACAGUCGGUGUUGAGAAAGUCGACCCUGAUCGGAACGAGGCUCUGGAAGGAUCUCGGCCGGGCAUGGAUUUGUUCAAGGCUGUCUUCGGCGACGACGAAUCGGAUGAUGAGGUCGAGUAG